UGACCUGAAAUAGUGCAAUUGUGAAAGAGUUUUCCUGGAUAGAGUUACUGCGCUCGGCAGGUAGAAAAAGCUCCUCGACGGCGGAAAAUGUCCAACUGAUUUCGUUUAUGUCUCCUCCGAGGCUUGUUUUGAUCUUUUGAAAGUAACGCGAGAUCUCAAUACAAAGUGUAGGAUGCUUCAGCGUGGAAGCCAGCUCUCCCAGUUUCAUUCAGGCUCCGGAGCUCCACAAAGCGCCCAAGGCCAGAAUCCACAGCCGACACAAACACUGCAAGACUUUGUGCAGCAUGUCAGGAAACUCGCCGGGCUGAAGAAAGAAGAUGUUUUCUGUGAUCUGCGUGUCCCCAGCCUGUCACAGAGAGCCAAAGAUGACAUCAAUGUUGUUAUCCUCACAGCAGGCCAAGGUGUGUUCUGCGUAGAUGUGAAACCCUGGAGAGGCACGGUGUCCACACACAACCAAAACUGGCACGUGCAGAUCAAAGAAGAGGACCAAAACUUCACCAAUACCUGCAUCGAGCAGAUGGAGGACCCUCUCAAAGCUAUCACGACCAAGACGGCUAACUUAUGCCACCAUCUGAAGAGGAGUGGAGUGUCUGUGCGCCAAAACCUCUUUUUCCCAAGGGUGGUCUUCCUCUCUCCAGACUGUGAGUUGGAUGAGGAGCUGAGGAAGAGGAGGGAGAUGGUCUCCCAUAACCAGGUUGACCACUUCCUUAGCUCCCUCAGAGAAGGCUACAUGGCCUGGAUAUCGGAUGCGCUGACUCCCUCCUGGCUCUCUGGUCAUCUGUCAUACAAGCAGAUGGAGGCAGUGCGUCAGGUGCUGAGGAAGGUGGGAACGUGGGAUGUGGUGAAGCUGCGCGGUGGCGAGCAGCUGAGAGGAGACUACCAGGGCUGCCCGUACAUCGCUGUCGACCGCCAGGAGACAGACACGCUGGAGUUUUCUGGGGUCAAGACCCUGUCAGCUGAUUCGCUCUGGGCCCUGCUGGGACACGCCCCUCAGGUAACGGUUAAAAUGUACAAGCGUGGCACCCCCGGCUGGCUGGGCAGGUCCCUCAGUGCCACCACCACCAUCCCCUCCAGCACCCAUGUGGCCUUCAGGGUCAGUGGGGAGGAGGCAGACGCCAAAAUCCCAGCGAACACCAUCCACAGCAUCACCCUCAGCAUAUGACAGCCUGUAACCACACUCUGUUACAGGCACAGCAAACCAAACUCUUUAUGUGGCUCAAACUUCAGGAGAGCAUGUUUUUUUUAUAUAUAUAUAUAUAUAUAUAUAUAUAUAUAUGCCUGCUUGAUUGAAUUUUUAUUAUGAGUGCCUUAAAAAUGUUUUUGUCAUUCUGUACUUCAUUGAUACGAGUUAACCUUCGUAUCCAAGUUGAACGUGGCUAUGUGAGCUGUGGAAAAAUUCACCAGUCUCCCCCCUGAUUCUCCAAUGGCCUGCAGUGGCAAUAUUAUGUUAAUGAAGAUGGUUCAGACAAUUAGCCUGAUUAACUUUCUCUUGUUUUGAAUCACUAGAGCUGGCCCACACUUUACACUAGCCAUUAAUUAUCCAUUACGUCGACUGAUUGUGUCAAAUCAGUUCAGGUUUGAAGUGUGUAAUGUGUUAAUUGUGGUGAGUAAAAACUGGUGGCCUCUAGCAUGAUGAGGGCCGGACAAGUUACUGCCUCUACUGGUCUAAUGGGCAGUGAUUUACAAUCUGUUUAGAUGGUGUAACUGUAAGGUGCUUUAUUAAUAUGCUCCGCUGCAGAGAGGGGAUGAUAACAUAUUCAAGAGAGCACAGACUCAGUCACCAGCACCAUUCAUAGCUGCGUCUGUGAGCCACUUUCCAUCAGUUACCAGGCUCAUGCAGCUGCGCUAACAGCUAGCAAUUCUAUUUACUGUGCCUGGCAGCGGCCGAAAUGAAGUUAUUUCCAUCAAGAUAUCAGUGCCUUUAGCUAAUUCGAUAGGAAAAGCUCUCUGUUUCGAUGAUAUCUCCAUGCAUGGCAUCUCACUACCUGAAACAUCUGAACUCUGCACUCCAGCUCCUCGCAUUUUCAAAAGUCUUUUUACAGUUUCAUCUGAGGUGCAAAUUAUUUACCGUUACCUUUAAGAAACACAACUUCAUCUGUAAACAAAAGCUGUUUAGACUUCAUUUUUUUUUGUGUUUACUGAACUUGAUGACUUUAUAGUCCUGAUGUAUUUAUCCUCAGGAGUAAAGGGCAUUCUCAGGAAAUCUCUUCUCAAACUCAGUCCUAAAAAUCACUUGACAAACAAUAUUAACAACAUCAGAUAAUCUAGGAUGCAGCCAUUGGCAGAACCACUGAGCAAUAGUUUUAAUAAAUGACGGAUGCAUGCAGGUUUUACUGUAGGUCUGUGGGUUUUACUGCUACAUGUGAUUAUUUUGUUAAUGUAUUAAAUACCUCAGGCACUUUAAACAUCACACAGGAAGCAUGAGUUUUUAACCAUACUCUUUUGUUGACAACAUUGGGUUGAUUUAUUCACUGAUUUAUUUUUAUUGUCAUUAAUGUAAUCACGUUUUUUUAAUAUGUAUUUGUAUGACUUGGUGUUAAAAUAAAUAUAUGUGUUGGG